AGGGCUGUUAGGGCGGUGGCAGCGUGUAGAGGAGUGAUAUCGGGGAUACUUUAAGCUUUCCUGCAACGUUUCCACUGCUUUCUGCGAGAUGAGAGGUGGUAGAGAGUCUCAGUUACUAUGGUGUGGCCUCCUCCCUCUCAGUUCCUGGCGUGGCGGUUGCUGUAGAGGAAAGCCGCGGGCUGGGCUGGUGGUUCUCCUCACUCAACAGGGCAGACAAAGGAAACGAUACGAUGAGGCUUCUGUAGCCCUCGCUGGGAACGAGGGGGGUUGUGUGGGGCUUCGCGGCAGUUGACGUAUCGAUCGUGAUUCGGAGCAUCAAGAUGGCUCAGGAGACAAACCAGACCCCAGGGCCCAUGCUGUGUAGUACAGGAUGCGGAUUUUAUGGAAAUCCUAGGACAAGUGGCAUGUGUUCUGUUUGCUACAAAGAAUAUCUUCAACGUCAGCAGAAUAGCAGUAUAAUCGGCCCGAUGGGUAAAGGUACAGCUAGUGGUUCAAACACUCCUACCUCAGACUCUAUAUCUGUACAACGAGCAGAUGCAAGCUUAAACAAUUGUGAAGGAGCUGCCAGUAGCACAUCUGAAAAAUCAAGAAAUGUGCCUGUUGCCGCUUUGCCUGUAAUGCAGCAAAUGACAGAAAUGAGCAUUUCAAGAGAGGAAAAAGUAACACCGCAAACAGAGACUGAGCCAGUUGUUACUCAACCAAGUCCGUUGGUUUCCCAGAGUAAUUCACAGAGUGAAGAGAGAGCUUCUGAACUUCCCAAACCAAAGAAGAACAGAUGUUUCAUGUGCAGAAAGAAGGUUGGCCUUACAGGAUUUGACUGCCGAUGUGGAAACUUAUUUUGUGGACUUCACCGUUAUUCUGACAAGCAUAACUGCCCAUAUGAUUACAAAGCAGAAGCUGCAGCAAAAAUCAGGAAAGAGAACCCAGUUGUGGUGGCUGAAAAAAUCCAGAGAAUAUAAACUAAACUAUUUAUGAAAAGACUGUUUAAUUUUAAUAUACCCUAGGAAAACAUUAAAGAGCAGA